AUGCCGGAACGGCCCCGAGUCGGCCGACACAAGUGCACCAUAGGAGGCGUGACACGGCAAGCUGGUGCCCGCAACCAAGGUGUCCGCAUUUUCCCGGAGGGAACACCGGUAACGACCGGCCCUGAACAAGUGCACACCAGGCGCGGGGAUGACAGGAGAGUUGUCCCCGACAUUGAAGACUGCUCCGGGGCCCCUGUGGAGGCUCUUUGUGGAGGCAGGGCUGUCUCCGCGCUUUGGAACACACUCACUGCACGCGAAGGUGUGACUGCUGGCGUUAACAACCGUGCGGAUUGCAGCUUGGUGCAGAAGCUGGGGUGCUGGAAGAGUGCGGAGGUUUUUGAGAAGCAUUAUGGUGAAGACAGCACCGCGGCUGGCGCAUGGGUGAUGACCCUCUCAAUCAAUACCGCCCAGUGA